AGGUCCUCAGUUUCAUUUUCAACUGCAACCGGAUACGGAGAGAAAGACGGCAAAUGUCCAGCCAAAAGAAGGCAAUUGACUAGUAUUCAGACUCGAAUCAAAUUCAAAAGAUAGAAAAAAUGGAAAAAUCACACUCUUCAAACCCCCCGGCGCCCGUUGCCCUCUCCUUCGAAGCAAUCGACGAACUUAUCUACGACGCCCGACUAGGCGACCUCGAUGCUCUGAAAGAAGAACUCUCAAAAUGGAGUCGGGAACACGACGUGCCCGCUGCAGCCAUAGUUAGGUCUGCUCUGGAUACCGAGGAUGAGAGUGAAGGUGGUACCGGAGCGUGUCUUUUGCAUUGGCCUGCUGCGAAUGGGAAUGUUGAACUCCUGAACUACCUUUUACAAAUCCUUACAGAUUCCGAUGCAGCUACUACUCUACAAGAAUUCACUUCAUUCAUCAAUUAUCGCAAUUACACCGGAAACACACCCUUACACUGGGCCGCUCUGAACACGCAUCUAGAUUGCGUCAAGGCACUUGUUGAAGCUGGUGCGGAUAUAGGCCUUAAGAAUGAUGCGGGUCACGACGCGCUCUUCCUCGCUGAGCGAGCGGAUUGGUCUGGAACGUACGACGAUGAGGAUGAAGGCAAAAACAAUGAUAAUAAUGAGAAGCAAGAAGAAGGGAACGGCACGACGGAGAUUGAAAUUGAAUUGAAUGCGGAGCAAGAGGGAAAGAAAUCGGAUGUACCGCCCACGAAAGCGAGACAGGUUGUUGAGUGGUUGUUGAGUUGUGAUAAGGGUGCUGGGUUUGAGCGUCCGGUUGAUAAACAAGAGAGUGAUGCACAGAUGGAGGAUGCUCAAUGAGAUGAUGUAUUUCAAGAUACCCAGUAGUUAGUCAGAAGCAGGAGUAUAUAUAGACAGGGUAAUGUAUCAUGAGGUCAAUUAAGUCAAAUAAAUUUGCAGUGUGAUUAAUGCAGCGAAGAUUCAUGCUUGAAUCUUGAAAAUUGUAAUAUAUGUACAGAUAGUCAUUUUAUAUCCUUUUUCUCCCAACCCAACCCAUCAUCAAUACUCAUGAAUCAGUACAACAUCAAACAAAAUGAAACGAAAAAAAGAUCAAUCUUUCCUGAUCUUAUUCCUCUCAGUAAUAGAGGAAGAAGAUGACGACGAAGAACUCCGUACAGGAGCCGUAUUACCAUUCGAAUACGACGAAUCAUGAACACUCGGCAAUAGACCAGGUCUUGCAGACCCAUCAACCUCACGGGCUUUAGUAUCCCAGAGAGAAACCUGGAAAGAUCGAUUCCGCCAGGUCACCGUCGAUCCGCCAUAAACAGCCCAGAACCAGAUCGGGAACGCGAGGGAUUCACGAAUGAUCCAUGCUGCGAGCCAGUGGAGGAACGGCCGUCGAGAAGGACUUUUUGAUGAUUUCAAUGGUGUUGCGAAUGGGGGCGUGUUCUCGUCGAUUUCGACUGUGGCGCCGGAAUGGAGUUUGAGGUAUAACGUCCAAUCGACCAUGCACCAGAUGAAAAUGCUAGUGGCCCAGAGCAGGAAGAAGGUAGGCCAUUGUUGAAGAUAUGUACCUAUCUCGAAGCCACGGUUCUCCAAGAGCAUAGCGACUACCGUACUCAUACCGAAUGCGCCAUAUAAUGAGCAUACGAUUGAUUCCGUGCCCGGUUCGACCAGCGUGGCUGCUAGAACAGUAUACUUGCGUACGCGCAGCCAGCGAACUCGUCGUGCAAUAUAUGCCUUGACACUCAUGUUGGCAACCGGCUGAAAGGCGUAGUCCCCAAAAACCAUACCGUGCUUGCUAAGUCGUUUCAUUUGUUCCUUCUCUUCUCUCACCUUAUUCCUCCACAGCCAGUCGCCGAUGAUAUGAUCUUCACAUAAUUGGUCAGAAACCCAAUCAAUACCUGGAUUGCGCACCGGACCUCUGACUGGAGCUUCAUCUGGGCUCUCAGUAAGAUCAUUGAGAUGCGAUUUUCGAAACAUGUUCGAUUUCCCCACUAUACAGGGCGCGAUAGACACAGUGUUGAUUGCGGUAUACAUUUUUGCAUGAGACGAAGAGAGGAAAAGCUCUUCGAGACGUCCUCCUCCUUCGUUGAGUAUAGACUGGGUCCUGCUUGUACUGGAUGUGUUGUAAACACCAUUCACGUUCGAUAGCAAGGGUUUAGUUUCACCCAUCAACGCAUCCUCCGGGUCGACAUUGACUGCAAGUGGGAGGUGAUGUACAAAUUUGUAUCGUUUUCCACCAUUGCCAGGUCCGUAACCGCACAGUUUGUCAACCAUUCGCCCACAAACCCCCCUGCCGACCCAGACAUUGCAGUCGAUAAUCCAAAUAAUAUCGCCUUUCGCCUCUCGAUAUGCGCGACUCAUAUUCCGGAUCUUCGGAUUUGGGCCCAUGGGAUAGAUACUUUCUUCUUGAAGAAGGGGAUCUUCCUCUUCAACGUAUAUACGCACAUCGCAUUGAUCUGAGAAGUCUUCGACC